AUGAAUACCAAUGAGCCACCGUUGAAGAAAGUCAAAAUUGAAAAACCUGACCACUCUGACUUUGAAGAGUUCAUCACUCAAAUAGAGAAGGAAACAGAGAAGUUCAGCGCACAAACACCACAUCCACUCUCGGAAGCAACACUAGAUGAGCAAAUAGAGUACGAGCUUUUCAAGCUCGGUAGUUAUGGAGAAGAUGAAGCAUUAGCAUUGAAACAAGAACAGCAGGAUCAGACCUCAUCAUCAAGAGACAGUCCAUGUACCUCUACAUUCGAAGAAGAAGGCGAAAGGGUUUCAAGUACAAGCGUUUCAUCACCAGAAGAAGAGGAGAAUAUCAAAAAAGGGAGCGGGACAGCCGAAGUGAACCCAAGUACGGUAGCGACCUUAAAGAGAGCAAUGUGCGACACUAGCAGAUUGAUCGGAACAUUUACGACGCUCAAGACAACGUAUCUCAAACUUUGUAAAGAGUUCAAUUAUCUAUUAGGGAAGUUCAACCAAAACGAAAGAAUUAAAAUCGAGCUUAUUCACGAGAACAACGAGCUUAGAAAAUUGUUGGUCGAUGUGAUCAAGGAAAAGGAGAUGGACAGGAAAAGGUACAAGGACGACAUUGAAAAACUAAAAGCACAAAAAUCAUGUCAAGUGCCAUUAUUAGCAUAA